AAUAACCCCUCUAAACUAAGCUAGAAUACAUAUAGCUAACCUCCUACAAUACAUAUUUGUGUGAUCAAUUAUUAUGUCUAGCCAAAAAUUUGUUCGUCCAAUUUUUGACAAUCCCUUUUUCAACAUUGAAGAAUUACCAAAUGAUACAAUUAAACGUAAACCUGAACCCCUCAUACCAGCCAAUUCUGAUCCCAAUGGUACUUCCUUAGUCAUAUCUAAAGACGUAGACCUUGACAUCAACAAAAAAACAUGGCUACGAAUAUACGUCCCACGACGAAUAAUUGCAAAUCAUGAUGAUGAUAAAUUGCCUGUCAUUUUCUACUAUCAUGGUGGAGGAUUUGUUUUCUUUCAUGCUAAUAGUUAUGGUUGGGAUCUCUUUUGUCAGGCACUUGCUGAGAAACUUGGCGCGAUGGUUAUCGCCCUUGAAUAUCGUUUGGCCCCUGAAAAUCGACUCCCUGCAGCUUACGAAGAUGCCAUUGACGGGUUAAAUUGGAUUAAAUCAACUCAAGAUGAAUGGAUUCGAAAUUAUUCUGAUUUGAGUAACGUUUAUCUUUUUGGAUCCAGUUCUGGUGGAAACAUGGCUUACCAUGCAGGGUUACGCGUAGCAUCUUUAUCAUACAAGGAACUAGAGCCAGUGAAGAUCAAAGGGCUAAUUUUGCAUCAACCAUAUUUUAGUGGCAAAAACAGGACAGAAUCUGAAGAGAAGCUAAAGGAUGAUCAACUUUUGCCAUUACAUGCAAUUGACAAGAUGUUUGACUUGUCCUUACCAAAAGGAACACUAGAUCAUGAUCAUGAAUAUUCCAAUCCAUUUCUUAACGGAGGGUCAAAGCAUUUAGAUGAUAUGGUCACACGAGGCUGGGGGAUCCUUGUAACCGGUGUCUCUGAAGAUCCUUUGGUUGAUGGCGCGCGCAACUUUGCUAAUUUUGUGGAAGAGAAAGGUAUAAAAACUUUCAAGCUCUUUGGAGAUGGUUACCAUGUUGUUGAGUUGUUUGAGCCAUCUAUGGCUGCAGUCUUAUUUGAUGCCACCAGGGAUUUCAUAUCUGCUACUAAAAAUUAAAAGUAUGAGUUUGUUUUGUUAUAUUUCCUUUUGUGCCAAUAAGAGGAGGGUAUGCAUUCCUUUGUGUGUGAGAUUACUUUAAGUUGUUGUAUUUUUCUCAUGAAUAAAAGUUUCUAGGGUUGAGUUAGUCCUAAUAUCUAUUUCAUAUUUUGCAAUGUUGA